AUGUGCGGCAGGGUAGCAUGCGCAUUAUGUGAGUCGGACAUUGUCGCUCGACUGAAGUCACAGCUGGGAGAUAAACGAGCAUUUCUGUGGCAGGCUUCACCUUGUCUGGGCGACUACACUCCUUCGUUCAACAAAGCACCGGGUAGUUUCAACCCAGUGCUUAUCUCCCCCACGCAUGUGAAAUCGUGUGACGAAGACGACUCAGCUGGAAUAAUCCAGGUCAUGCGUUGGGGCUUGAUCGCAUCCUUUGUUCCCAAUGCAGUGCAACAAGCCUCGUCUUCGAGCAAAUUUGCCACUGCCAACGCCCGAGCCGAAGGUAUUCUCCAAAGACCUUCCUACAGGGACUCAUUUAAACACGGUCGAAUGUGUGUUGUGGUCACCCAGGGAUUCUACGAGUGGGCAAGACAUAAAACCAACAAAAAGCAGCCAUAUUUUGCUUGCUUGCCUGGCGAAUCGAAGCCGCUUGUGCUAAUGGCUGGAGUAUUUUCAGUCAACAAGGAGCAAACGCUUUACUCCUAUAGCAUCAUUACGACUGAAGCCGUCAAUGAAAUGGCCAGUAUACACGACCGCAUGCCGGUCAUAUUCAGUGAUCCGGAGGAUGUCUUUGACUGGCUCAAUUCCACAGGCGACUCAGUUGGUGCUACUCUACGACUCUUGCAAAAUUUGGUGUCAAAACUGAAGACCCUUCAACUGCAGAUUCAUCCAGUUACGCCCUUGAUGAAUUCCACGGCAUUUGAUUGUCACCAGUGCGUUGAACCAUUGGCAGAUUUGAAACCAUUGGUAAAGGAUCCUCCUCAUACUGGAAAAAUUGACAAGUUUUUCGUAAAGAAGGUGACCAUUAAAAGAGAAAAACCCGAAACCGAUGACCCGUCAGACCACCCACCGCCAAAACUGCCAUCACUGGAACCCUACCCGACAAAUUUGAAGCCUGAAAAUCACUGA